UCUAAGUUCUAUCCAUAGGCCUCGUAUAAAUCUAGUUUCAGACAUUUUUCUUCUCACUUUCUUAAAACUUCUAAAAGCAGUUCCGUCCCUGCUGUGGAAGAACAGGCCGCCGGAAAAACCGUACAACCCAACUCUGAUCUCAAUAAAAUGGGAACCCAAGAAGGAUCAAAGACGGUUUCAAAUUCUCCGGCGAGAAAGGAGAGAACGGUGAGGUAUGGGGAGUGUAGGAAGAACCACGCGGCUCACAUCGGUGGAUACGCAGUUGAUGGGUGUCGAGAAUUCAUGCCUGCUGGAGAAGAAGGAACCAGUGCUGCCCUCAAGUGUGCUGCCUGUAAUUGCCACAGGAACUUCCAUAAAAGGGAGGUGGAGAUCGAGAGUUUCCGUGACUGUUCAUCAAAUUCCAUGGCUUAUAAAUAGUUAAAAUUCUUAUGGAUAAUGAUUCAAAAGAAAACACCGACAUGGUCGAACAUAAAACCUUUUCAGUCUUCACUAGGAUAAAGAGAUGAAACGACUCUCUUGUAUCURUAACAUAUUUACUCUCAUUCAGGAAGGAGAAAAAUGAAAGGGAUCCGAAAAAGACGGAAAAGGAAAAGAUGCAUCUGUAGGAAAUGGGUUUCUUUUGUAACUCUGAGAAACUAGCUCUUCUUACGUAAAAAAAAAAAUAAAAAAAAAAAAAAUGUGUGUAAGUUGUAAAGAUUAUUGUGUUCGCAUUAAUGAAUCUUUUGUUUGGAAUUUGGUUUAA